AUGUUCUCACAUGGCCACGCAGGUACAGUCACUGCUACUACUACUACUACUACUACUACUACUACUACUACUACUACUACUACUACUACUACUACUACUACUACUACUACUACUACUACUACUACUACUACUACUACUACUACUACUACUACUACUACUACUACUACUACUACUACUACUACUACUACUACUACUACUACUACUACUACUACUACUACUACUACUACUACUACUACUACUACUACUACUACUACUACUACUACUACUACUACUACUACUACUACUACUACUACUACUACUACUACUACUACUACUACUACUACUACUACUACUACUACUACUACUACUACUACUACUACUACUACUACUACUACUACUACUACUACUACUACUACUACUACUACUACUACUACUACUACUACUACUACUACUACUACUACUACUACUACUACUACUACUACUACUACUACUACUACUACUACUACUACUACUACUACUACUACUACUACUACUACUACUACUACUACUACUACUACUACUACUACUACUACUACUACUACUACUACUACUACUACUACUACUACUACUACUACUACUACUACUACUACUACUACUACUACUACUACUACUACUACUACUACUACUACUACUACUACUACUACUACUACUACUACUACUACUACUACUACUACUACUACUACUACUACUACUACUACUACUACUACUACUACUACUACUACUACUACUACUACUACUACUACUACUACUACUACUACUACUACUACUACUACUACUACUACUACUACUACUACUACUACUACUACUACUACUACUACUACUACUACUACUACUACUACUACUACUACUACUACUACUACUACUACUACUACUACUACUACUACUACUACUACUACUACUACUACUACUACUACUACUACUACUACUACUACUACUACUACUACUACUACUACUACUACUACUACUACUACUACUACUACUACACAAAUCAAAUGA